GAAGCUGGUGGCCACCACUCUGAGAAGGAAGUGAAAGAGCCAACUUCCUUUGGAGUGGGAGGCUGACAGAUCCGUAGGCAGGAGCAUGGGGGAUGCAUGGUGCCUGGAAAUGUUAGAGGCUAUACAGAAAAGUUGCUGAGACUCCUCCACUGCUGUCCUGUAUUUCUUAUUUGCGUGGAGUCAACCUGGGAGCCAAAAUGACAUCUCCCCCGCGGAGCCAGCGAUGUAACCCUGCUUCACGCCACGGCCCCAGCAGUGGUCCUUCCCUGGGGUAGCCCCCCGGGUCCCCCCCACCCCCGGCCGUGCGGGACCCUGCGACCCGGUGGAGGAGCCCAAGGCGCUGGUAACGGCAAGCGUGAGGUAAUCUGCGCUUAGAGGAAAGCAGGAGGUCAGCCUGCAAGUUAGAUGGAUUGAGUCAUGUAGAGUUAAACUAACCCCUCCCACAGCCAUGGACCACUAAAGCGCCCAUUUUCAUGAGCACCUCUCACUAAGGCGGCUCGGAGCCGGCAGAGGCUGAGAAAGGAAGAGGGGGAGAGAGAGAAGAAGGAGGAGGGAGCGAGCACCGGCACUGAUGGACGAGCCAAAGGUCACAGGUACCAAACCAAAGAUGUCCCAGACUAGAAAGAUUCUACUCAUCCUGGGUUUCCUCUCCACUUUGGCUGUAAUUGCUUUAAUUGCUGUAGCAGUGACCCAAAACAAGCCACUUCCGAAGAAUAUUAAGUAUGGGAUUGUGCUGGAUGCGGGGUCGUCCCACACUAACCUGUACGUGUACGAGUGGCCAGCAGAGAAGGAGAAUGACACUGGGGUGGUGCAGCAGGUGGAGGUGUGUAAAGUCGAAGGCCCUGGGAUCUCAGGUUACGCCCAUGCCACGGAGAAGGCAGGUCCCUCUCUGGCACAGUGCCUACGACAAGCAGAAGAGGUGAUUCCCUCAAAGCAGCACCAAGAGACACCCGUCUACCUCGGAGCAACCGCCGGCAUGCGGCUUCUCAGCUUGGAGAAUAGAAGUGCAGCUGAAAAGGUCUUGUCUUCAGUAGAGAAGACGCUACGCUCAGCUCCCUUCAACUUCCAGGGUGCCAGAAUCAUCAGUGGUCAGGAAGAAGGAGCCUACGGGUGGAUCACCAUUAACUACCUGCUGGGCAAUUUCAAGCAGUCUGGCUGGACAAAACUUCUACAUUCCCUGAAAUCCAUAAGUGAGACAUCAGGAGCACUAGACCUCGGAGGAGCCUCAACACAGAUUACCUUUGUACCAAAUGAGGACUCUCGUGAGUCCCCAGAGAACCUGCUCUACUUCCGUCUCUACGGCAAGGAUUACCUGGUGUACACGCACAGCUUUCUCUGCUACGGGAAGGACCAGGCUCUGCAACAGAAACUAGCCGAGGACCUACAGACGCUGGACAACAGCAGCCUCCUUGAUCCGUGCUUUCACCAGGGGUAUCAGAGGACUAUAGAUAUAAGCGACCUCUUCAAAAACCCUUGCACAUCAGCCAAGAAAAAGCAAUUCCCUUUCAGACAGCUGUACAUACAGGGAGAGGGGGAUUAUCAAAAGUGCCGAAGAAACAUCCAGAAACUCUUUGACAAAACCCAUUGUCCUUACUCCAGUUGCUCUUUCAAUGGGAUAUACCUACCUCCAUUACAAGGGGAUUUUGGGGCUUUUUCGGCUUUCUACUUUGUGAUGAACUUUUUGAACCUGACCAGUGAACAAAGCCCCGUUGCCCUGGACAAAGUGACCAGCGCCAUUGAGAGCUUCUGCGCCCGGCCGUGGCACGAGGUGAAGCCAGCGUACCACCAAAUAAAAGAAAAGUACCUGAGCGAAUAUUGCUUCUCGGGAGCCUACAUCCUCUCCCUCCUGGAAAAUGGCUAUGAAUUCACCGAAAAGAACUGGCAAAGGAUCCACUUCCUCGGCAAGAUCGGCAGCAGCGAUGCGGGCUGGACCCUGGGCUACAUGCUGAACCUGACCAACAUGAUCCCCGCAGAGGAGCCCGCCGUGCCCCCUCUCUCCCACGGCAGCUACGUGGGGCUGAUGGUGCUGUGCUCCCUCGUGCUGGUGGCCGUGAUCCUGUUUGCCUGGCUUCUCUUCCACAAGCCCAAGUGCCUGCAGAAGGGGAUUGUUUAGGAAGAGCCUUGAGGGGAGAGGGGCCACGUCACCCCGGCCGCUCGGGGCUAGGAGACCCCUGCAGAGCAGGCUGUACUGCAGAGCCCCUCUCCCCUCUCACUGAAGCUACUGACUGUGUACAACAAGGGCAUUUAUUUCUUCUGACUCACACUUGCACUGACGGACGUUGGGACAUCAGGCUCGCCACCUCUCUCUGCCAAGGACAGACAAGCGGGUGUCCCCUCCUUGAAUGGGUCGUACUUUCAUUCAGUGAAACUUUGCUGCUUGUUGGUUUUUUUGCCUUGUGCACAGCAUUAUAAAGAGAAAUGCGGCAGCAAUCUUUGGGAGCCGGUGCUCCUGCAAGGGUAAUCUCAGGGUCACACAUCCCACCGAGCUCUUGGGAGCGAUCACGCACCGGGUGAUCCUGCUCCUUCUCCGCUGAAGCCGUUCCCGAGAGCCCUUCCCGCACCAGCACACCUCCGCUUGCCUCCCCGCGCCCUGAGCCCUCGCAGCCCAGCAGCCAGCUAUGGCCAGCUGCACCUGGCUGGCCCCUGAAGGCUGGCCAGGCUCCCAAAUGCCACUCUGGGAAAAGAAGGGAUGAGGGUGAAGAAACCGAGUGUGCUGGUGGUCAUCGGCCCUUAGCUGGGCUCUGGUGGCUGGCUGCUGCUUUCGCAGGUGGCAAGAAGCCUCUUUCCCACGUCUUCCUGAUGUUGUUGCUGGACCAAAGCUGGCUCACUCUUACCCUGAGCCAUUCCCAUGUCCCUAAGGUACAUAAAGACACGAGUUCCCAGCCAGGCGUUGCAGAUUUUUGUAGGAACAGCUCAUACUGGCUGAGGAUCCUUGACCUGGAGCGAGUGCUUAUGCCUACAGGGGCUCUGGUGUGAUCAGCGUGCCUACAGGUAUGCACCCACUAAAGCAAUCCAGUGUCACUGUGCUGAUCAUACAGCAGCCUCCGAUCUAGGGAAAAUGUUUAUUAGGUCAUGUUCCUUUAUAAAUAGACAGCUGGCAGCAGUUAACCAGCAUGAGCAUGCACAGAUUGAACCACUCUUUCCACCAGAAAAAUCGGUGAAAAUUUUCCUUUCCUCAUGGCUUAGGCUUAUCCCAUGACCAUAAGACCCAGGGUUUACAUGUGCGCGUACUGCAGCUCAUCUUCUACCACACAACUGGGGCGAUGCCACUGAUCAGGUUCAUGAAUCACUUUCUUCCAUUUUCCAUUCCUUGGUCCAAAAAACAAGAGAGAGGUAAGUCAGAAAUCCUUUUUGAUAAAAACACUUGGAAACCACUGGUGCCUGUCUGCCUCCCGUGAAAUCUCAGAAAUCUCUUCUGCUGAUGACCUCUAAGUGCUGGAGGCUAAAAGCAGAUACUGUGGAGAGAAAGGUGUGGCAAACACACGCCUUCACCUGUUUCCCUGAGCAAAACUGCAGAAGGCAGGGAGGGGAUCAGGAUGUGCAACCCCGAUAAAGCCUUCUCCUUUAGGCAAGCACAGACACGGAGCUCGCGGUUUUCAUGCUCUCCAGCCUGUCCCUCUGCACAGUGCAGGCUGGAAAACGUCCCCCAGUUAUUUCUACUUUGUGCCUGGAAGUAGGAGCUGCAACGUAUUGAAGGACCUAGAGGUAAGGGAAAAAUCUACCCUGUCUUGUGGUAAGAUUUUUGGGCGGUUUGUUUUUCUUCCAAAAAUCUGUGUCUUAUUUUUGCUCUGAAUUAUCUGGCUUCAGCUUCUGUUGGAUCUUGUUCUGCCCAUUUCCGAGAGACUGAGUAACUCUCUGCUAUCAAAAUCCCUUUUUCCUUGUUGGUGCUUGCAAGUUGUCAUUGUAUCAUAUUAAAUAGAUCGAUCUUCACUCUGUGAAGUGCUCUGUGAUGACCUCACUUGUAGCUCUUGACUCCACGUCUUUGAAAAUUUUAACAUCUUUCUGAAAUUUGGAUACCAAAGUUUUCAGCAGUGAGUGGUGGUAGAGUUGCUAAUGGUGUUUUUGAUCUGGUUUUGAUCUAUUCUCUAUGUUCCCCAUUCGCAUCUCUCAGGGCCAGGUCUGCUCACUUAAGAGAAAGUUUUGGGGCUGUUUUGUUCUGUUGGACUAGUGCAACUUGGCCUUUCUUCCAGUCAUUACAUUCCAGAACGGCCGCUGUCUCACACCAUACAUCACUGCCUCUUAACGUGAGCUGCUUUGCCUUCCACACGGCUCCACUGAAACAUGUACUAUUCCAAGAAUAUUACCUCAAGCAAGCGAUCCAGAUCAACCCACAAAUGCUACUUCUCCACAGUUUGUCCGUUGUCCAGUUUUUGGUUUAUCUGCAAAUGUGUUGAGGUGUUGGAAUUCAUCUAAAGGUGGAGUCUUCCUUCUGUUGUUUUCAGCAAAGAUAGUGAGAGGAGAGAUGAACGGUAGUUUUUGGCCACGGCUGGAAGGCAUGCAGGAGGAGCGUGGGAUCGGAGCUGCUUUAGUUUCCCAGUCAAGUCCCAUUUGCAACACAGCCCAUCCUGUGCCACUUUCCUUGCUUACAGAGGCUUCAUAGCAGAGCAGGUGCCCUGGAGAAGCUCCCUGCAGGAGCUGGUGCAUCCUUCCUCCCUAUCAACAGUGUUGGAAACACGUAGGAUGGUAAUUCCUCUCCUGACACCUCCUUGGGGAUCUAGCAGCUGCUUAGUGGUGUCCAUGAUGCUGGAACUGGAGGGUCCACUGGGACAUUUCAGAAAUUGAUGCAGAAACUCUAUGUGGAAGCUGGUGUGGAAAGAGGGCCUGUGCCAGUCUGCUCUUCUGGUCCUUGCUGAGGGUUUGUGCCAAAGGAAAAGGUGAAAUACAGAGCCUGGGAGAAGAGAUUUAGCGAUGUUUUGUGUUGUUAUUGCAAGUCCAGUAGUGUUAAUAUUGUUAGCUCUUGAUUCUGGAGUCAGGUGAUCAGCUGGUAUCUUCACUUACUCCCUCCUGCCUUCCUUCUCUUGUUUUUUGGUUUGGGUUUUGUGGUUUUUAAAGCUGUAAAUGUGACUUGAGUGCAACCUCAAGGCCACAAACUAAGAUAAAUACAAAAUAUGUUGCAUUAUUUUUAAACCUUAUGACUUUUAGACCACAUUUAUGAGCCAGUCUCUCCAGAACUAGAAUGUUGAAGGUGACACCAGAGGUGCCAUUUAAAAAAUCACUUGAGCAGGCUGAAGCUCCAGGAACUGGUUGACUGAAAGCAUCCUAUCAGGGUGAGACCCUUGCAUAUCACUGGCUGUGCUUGAACCUUCCUAGAAAAGCUUUUUUUUUUUUUUCUACCCAUUUUUCCUGCUAUUGCAGGACUUUAUCCAUGGAGGCUACUCAAAAUCCUUGGUCAAAGAGUUCGAGUUUAAUGAACAUCCAUUUCUUUGCUUUACGCUGCAUCUGACCCAGUUGUAUUCAGCUCAAAUGUGUGUUCCAGAGCCACCCAAUGUGUACGUGAAGACCAUUAAUGAUAACGGGGGGAAUUUCCAAAUAUGCCAGUAGUAAUAUGGUAUCAAUUCUCUUGUUAAUGCAGUUAAUCUGCCUCACUGAUAAUUAUCUGUGCCUUAUUUCUAAUUUGACAGCUUCUGGCUUUAAUUUCCAGCCACUGGCUCCUGUACAGUUUUGCUCUUCUGGGUUAAAGCAUCUUUUAACACCACAUGUUCUUGUCUUGCAAAUAUUUAUUCACUGAUCAGCUCUGCUGGGCUGCCGAGGCUCCAGACCUCGGUCUCUCCCGUUUUGCCACAGGAAGCCCUGAGACGUGCUGCAGCAACAUGGAACGCGUGUCUCUGGUUUGGGUUCAGAUGUUGAGUGGUCCAUUUUUGGGAAGGUUCCUUGCGGAGGGGGAUUUGAUAGCUUUGCAGGGGGCGGGAGCAGCCUGGUCUCUCCGGGACUGAUGAAUUCCACAAGCUCUCUUGGGUUCACCCAAGUGUCAGGUCUGAAGCAAAACUAUCAGCAAGGCUGAGAUUUUCGGGGCCCAGAAGAGAAAGCCUGGGUGCCUGCAGCGCGCUCACCUCUUGCAGAAAACCAGUGCCCACCGCAGGCUCUAAGCACCCUUCGCUCGGCUCUAAGCACCCUUCGCUCCCCGCCCCGACACAGCCAGCUCUCCCCUGCACCUGGGCUACAGCUGAUUUCUCUGGCCCUGGAGCAAACCACAGUGCACCCUCCACUUGGAAGCAAGCUCUGGGAAGUGGGGCCACCGCCUCUGCGGUGAGAGGCUGACUGGCAAUGUUGAUGCUGGCUGGGGCUCCCCAGCUUCUCCAAGAGCAGCUCUCAGCGGGACGCGUGUCCCCUCCUCGUCCGUCCCAGCUCUUCCCGUGCUCUCUGCAAGGAGUGGGGACAUGCAGGCUCUGUGGGGCUGCCGGCUGCCUCACGGGAUUCAACAGCCGGUUCAGGAGGGGCUGGGGGGGGGGAAUGGCACACACCAGGGACAACCGUGUCUGCCUCCUGGGCCCAUAUGCUUUCUUUUUGCAGUUCAGCCCUGAUGAAAAUGGAUCUUUGUUUUGAUGCACGCACAAAUCU